AUGUGAAUAUGCGACUACAUUAGUCUAGCAAUGUUUUCAUCUUUUGAAUUGGUUUCGGUUAUUCAUUUUGUUUACUUGCUAUUCUUGCUUUAAAAAACCUAAUUGUUUAAUCUUUAUUCAAUUUUAUUAUUAUUAAAAAGUGAAUGAUGGCGUCAGGUAAAUACUGCUGGAUAAGUGCUGCUGAAACUUGCCAAAUUUGGGAUGGCAAUUUUGAAGCAAUUCAUAAAUUCGACGAAGGUAAUGUGUUGGAUGUAGCAUGGAAUCAUGAUGGAAGUAGUCUGGCAUUUGUUCAAAAAGCCAGCAAUAAAAUUUUUACUGCUUCUAUUGGUACCGAGAUUUAUCAAAACUCAGCCAGUUUGAUUGAGGGAGAUGCCACAGCUUUAGGAUUUUCAAAUGAUUUGUUGCUAGCAGGAACCAAUUCUGGAAGUGUUCUGUUGUGGGAUUAUUCUAAACAUAAGUUGAUCAGGAAAUAUGAAGGGGUUGAGAAAAGUGCAGUUUGUCGAAUUCAAAGCAAUAGUUCUAUCAUUGCAUGUGGUCAUCAUGGAGGUAUUACUCAGGUUUAUGGCAUUAAAACUGGGCAAGCCAUUGGGCAGUAUUCAGUUACAAAUUCAUCUGGACUACGAGACUUAAAAAUUAGCUCAGUUAAAAAUUCACUUAUGGCUGCAGCAUUCAACAGUGGAUCUGUAGUUGCUUGGAACACUUAUUCUAAUAAAGGAAAUAAUUCUCUAGUAGCUGAAUUUUCCGGCGCUCAUCAGUCACCAGCAAGCUCUGUUGCAUUGUCUCCUAUAACAGAUAUCCUUAUGGUUUCUGGAGGAUUAGAUAAGAAUGUCAUAUUAUAUGACUGUCCAAAGAAAAAGAUCUUGAAGAAAAUUGAAAUCGAUUCCCCUGUUACAGCCGUAGAAUUUUUUCCGGAUGGCACAUCGUUGGUUGUUGGAACAAAUCGAGGUAAAAUUUUGAUUUACGACCUACGAUCCAUCAGUUCUCCUGUGCAGAGCAUUAUUGCCCAUACAACAUCGAUUACCAAAUUAAUUUGUCGUGCCUGCACUCACAUUCAGAAAAAAACUGAAUCAGGAAUUCCGAAAUCUAAAAAGAUAUCCAAACCCCCAAUUUCUUCUAGUAAUGAGCGACCGACGGCUUUAUUGCAAUUUUCAGCGAAUGAAGUGCCUGAAAAGCCCUCCCGUUUUCCUUUUCUUUCACCAUUGCCUUGCGAGCUUGAAUCACACUCUGUGCUAAGCCCUAUUACUGGAGCUGGGGCUUCUAGCACAGAUUUCCCUGCAAUGGGGUUUGCGAACGACAGUAAAGAACUGGAACACAAAAACAGUUCACUUUUUUCUCCCUUGAAAGGAGGGGAUAUCAGUGCUGAUUUGUACGCUAGCCCUAGUCUAGCAACGAGCCCAUUGUUAAAAUACAAAGGAAAAAAUUGCCUGGAACGCCAUCCACCUACAGCAGUGCAGUGCAGUGAAACAGUGCUAUCUGUGGAAGAGCAUGAAAUUGAGGCAACUUAUCCCUCAGCUGCAGAAUUAACUCCACCUAAACAGAAUGUACCUAUUGUUGAAGUAGGCAAUCAACCCAAAGAGGCUAUUUCGACUGAAGCAUCUGUCGAUUUUCAAGCUGAAUUUAUCCGUCGUAUUGUUCAUGAUGUGGAAGAUAAUUUGCGCGAAGUCCUUCGUUGUCGUUUCGGAGACCUAAUCAUCCAAUCAGCUCAACAAUUUCUCACAUUACAAAGCGAAUUAGAACAACUUAGACAACAAAUUCAAGACAAGGCCCAUUUAGAAGAAGAAGUAAAGCAACUGCGCAACGAAGUUAAUCAGUUGCGAAAUCUUUAUUAGUGAAACAUUCCACAUAGAUCAAAUACCUUAAAUUCCAUUUAACGCAUAAGCGAAGAAGUUGUAAAAGAACAAGUGCUAUAUACUUUAGGAUACUAAAUAGAAACCAAUGUGUGCUUCAAAUGUAUAUUAACACUAGUAAUACACAACAACUUUACAAUUUA